AUGCAGGCCUCUCCUGACGGCCUCGGGCUCGAUCCGACCUUCGAGGAUGAGGAGGGCCAGUCGAGGCCUUCGGCAGCUCCCCCUGCACGAUGGUUGCUGGUGAUGGCCACACACACCAUGGAGGUUGCGACUGCCAAGGUCCCCUUCAGCAUGAUUCUACUGCUGGAUCACGUGCGCACGAAACGCUCCAUGCCGGAGGAAAUCCGCUGCCGCCUGGUCAUCCCCAGCGACGGGCUGAUCAGCGUCUACGAGGUGCAGGAAGAGUUCACAUUUGGCUGUGCGCUGGAGCUGGCGCGGUCCCGCGGCGCGGACAGGGUGGCGGGCGGCGGCAAGAAGACGCUCGACGCGGUGGCGGCUGGCAUCACUUCCGCCAGCAACAAGGCGCGCCUGCGGGGGCAGGGGGGCUGCGGGGCGGGGUAG